GUUUAGUUCUGUUCUUUUCAGCUCUCCUUAACCUUAAUUACCUAUAAUAGAAACAUCGUAAUGCACAUUUCCGUGUUCCUGAUAAUUCCCAACAUCAAAUUUUCCUCUUGAUAUUUCACAUCUCCGGGAAUCGUCUCCAUGCCGGGUCUGGAUCUAAUUCAAGGAUCGGGACCAGAUUACAUUGAACCCAUGGCCGACCAUUGACUGAUGUGAUCAUCGCUAGGAUUCCACCGGUUUAUCCUUGUCGAUGUUCGGUUCUAGCAGGGGAGAUGAAUGGAUGGUGUUGCAGUCCCGGAAGCGCCAGAGGCACGAUCAGCGGACUGGCCCAUCGGUGAAGUUUAGAGGGGUCCUGCCCCAGCCAAACGGAAACUGGGGGGCCCAGAUUUAUGCAAACCAUCAGAGGAUUUGGCUUGGGACCUUCAGGACCGAGACGGAGGCGGCAAUGGCGUACGACAGCGCCUCCAUCAAGCUCCGUAGGGGCGACACCCAGAGGAACUUUCCGGUGACGCAAUACACAUGUCUCGAGCCGACCUUUCAGGAUAAUUUUACGGAGGAGGAGAUUCUCGACAGGAUCAAAGACGGAACGUACCAAUCGAAGUUCAGGGAUUUUAUCAGGAACCUAUCAGGAAAUCAGGGGAAAACAAAGGAUGCUCUGUGCCACCCCCAGAGGAGGAUGAAUUCGAACUCAGGGCAGAUAUCGUGCCGACAGCUUUUCCAUAAGGAGCUGACACCAAGCGAUGUCGGGAAGCUGAAUAGGCUCGUGAUCCCGAAGAAAUAUGCUGUCAAGCACUUCCCAUGCAUAAUGGAGUCCAGGAAUGGCCACGAGGGUCGGGAAAACUACGUGGAUGACACCGAGCUGGUCUUCCAUGACAGGCUCAUGAAGGUGUGGAAGUUCAGGUACUGCUACUGGAAGAGCAGUCAGAGCUUCGUGUUCACGAGGGGGUGGAACCAGUUCGUGCGGGAGAAGGAGCUGAGAGCGAAAGAUGUCGUCACGUUUUAUACCUGCACAUACGUGAACCGGGCAGAGAAGGAGGCAGACGCAUUUUUGCUGAUCGAUGUAAAUUAUUUCGAGGGCGAGUGUAACGAUAACGGGAUGGAGCCGCCCUUGCAAAAUAAGGAAGAAUUGGAGUUGAAACUGGGAAAAGGUUGCAGCCUUGGGGUAUAUGACAAUGAGGAAGCAGAAGAGGAAGAGUGUAAGGAAGAAGAGAAUGGAGUUAGGUUGUUUGGGGUACAAAUAAACUGAUUCUUCUUGCUACCAAAUUUAUCUUUCUUAGUUUUUUCGAUGUAGAAUGUAAAUUUGCACGAACUUUCGAAAAUGAAUUAAGUUAACAGCUUAAGCGUACGUGGAACCUUAUCUAAGUCGAGAGA